CAGAGACCAAAAUCUCUCUCAAAUUCGCCAUAGCUGAGAGCUUCUUCUCCUUACUUUCCUUCGUUUUUGUCACCCUUGCGAAUCUCUGAAAUGAACCCUCAAGCGAAUGACCGGAAGGAGUUUCAGGGCGAUAGUUCGGCGACGGGAGAUCUCACGGCAAGGCACGAUUCAGCUGGAGGAGGAGGAAAUGGAGGUGGAGGUGCUAGGUAUAAGCUGAUGUCACCGGCCAAGCUUCCGAUCUCUAGGUCGACUGAUAUCACGAUUCCUCCUGGGUUGAGUCCGACUUCGUUUUUGGAAUCUCCUGUUUUCAUCUCCAACAUCAAGCCAGAACCUUCCCCUACCACUGGUUCUUUGUUCAAGCCUCGACCAGUGCACAUUUCUGCUAGCUCAAGUUCUUAUACAGGUAGGGCGUUCCAUCAGAACACCUUUACUGAGCAGAAGUCCAGUGAAUUUGAGUUCAGACCUCCUGCAUCCAAUAUGGUUUAUGCAGAGCUUGGCAAGCAUAGAAGUGAGCCACCGGUACAAUUUCAAGGCCAGGGCCAUGGAUCAUCACACUCACCUUCUUCACUCAGUGAUGCUGCAGGUUCCUCAAGUGAGCUAAGCCGGCCAACUCCUCCUCGUCAGAUGACACCAACGAGCUCAGAUAUUCCGGCUGGAUCUGAUCAAGAGGAAUCAAUCCAGACUUCCCAAAAUGAGCCCAGAGGAAGCACACCAUCCAUCUUGGCUGAUGAUGGUUAUAACUGGAGAAAAUAUGGUCAAAAACAUGUCAAAGGGAGUGAAUUUCCCCGGAGCUAUUAUAAAUGUACACAUCCUAAUUGUGAAGUGAAAAAGUUAUUUGAAAGAUCUCAUGAUGGGCAGAUCACCGAUAUUAUAUACAAGGGUACACAUGACCAUCCUAAACCUCAACCUGGUCGCCGAAACUCUGGUGGUCUUGGUAUGGCUGCACAAGAAGAAAGGCUAGACAAGUAUCCUUCUUCAACUGGCCGAGAUGAGAAGGGAUCUGGCGCCUACAACUUGUCUCACCCCAAUGAGCAAACUGGUAACCCUGAAAUACCUCCUGUCUCAGCAUCUGAGGAUGGUGGAGAAGCUGCAGCGUCAAAUAGGAAUAAAGAUGAGCCGGACGAUGAUGAUCCAUUCUCAAAACGGAGGAGGAUGGAUGGUGCGAUGGAAAUAACUCCACUUGUGAAACCCAUCCGAGAGCCUCGGGUUGUUGUUCAAACUCUGAGUGAGGUUGACAUACUGGAUGAUGGUUAUAGAUGGCGUAAAUAUGGGCAGAAAGUCGUAAGGGGGAACCCAAAUCCCAGGAGCUAUUACAAAUGCACAGCUCCUAAUUGCCUAGUGAGAAAACACGUGGAGAGGGCAUCACAUGACCCAAAAGCUGUAAUAACAACAUACGAAGGCAAACACGAUCACGAUGUUCCCACUUCAAAGUCUAGCAGCAAUCACGACAUCCAGCCUCGGUUCAGACCAGAUGAAACAGACACCAUCAGCCUCAAUCUUGGUGUUGGAAUCUCAUCUGAUGGACCUAACCACGCUUCCAACGAGCAUCAGCAUCAGAAUCAACAACUCGUCAACCAAACUCACCCAAAUGGAGUCAAUUUCAGGUUUGUUCAUGCUAGUCCCAUGUCAUCCUACUAUGCUAGCUUAAAUAGCGGUAUGAAUCAGUAUGGCCAGAGAGAAACAAAGAACGAGACUCAGAAUGGCGACAUCUCGUCCUUGAACAAUUCAUCUUACCCAUAUCCGCCCAACAUAGGGAGAAUACAAUCGGGUCCUUAAAAGAAAAAGUAAGCAACACUAUGUAUGGGAUUCUUCUUAGGUUAGGAAUGGGACGAGACCCUUGUUCUAUAUAAUUCCUAUUUCUUCACAGAGAGUUGAUCUUGAUAUAAACUAUCUCCACUAUA